CCAGGAGCAGAGCAGCAGGAAUUAGUUGCAGUCCUACCAUCGAUUUGAGCUAUACAAUCUCAAAGCAAAUACAACAUUUCACAAAUGAAAAAGCAUCAUGGAAGGAAUGGGUUAAGGAUCUCUGUCCAUUAUGCUGAGAUGGGUGAAUUCAUCAUCCAUAGUUACGUCAUAUUUUGAGCAGAGAGAAACAUCUGUAGAUAACACUGAGCUAGCGCGACCUUCUUGGGACUUCUUUAGAGGUUUAUUGCUGUGAGUUUGGCAGCCAACAUGUUCACUUUCCUCUCGUGGAAAGUACCCGUGCCCACUCUCCUGGACCCCAAGCUCUGCUACCUCCUCUUAAAUCUCUGUUUUCGUGUAACAGCUUGGCCACAUGUUCCGACAGGGGACAACUGCCCGAGCUCCGAGUGGAGCGUCAUGUGUCGUCCAUGUUGCGAGUACCACCUGAUCCAGUGUCGGUGUCCCUCAAAAGGGUCGAUGGUAGGUUACACUGUACCCUGCUGCCGCAAUGCUCUGGAUCAGUGUGACCCCUGCAUCAUUCACCCAGGCUGCAGUCUGUUUGAAAACUGUAAGAGCUGCCACAAUGGAACAUGGAAAGCCAAUGACGAUUUCUUCGUCAAUGGAAAGUAUUGUACAGAGUGCCGCCAAGGCUGGAGUGGAGGCGAUUGUAAAACAUGCGGAGGCGUCAUCCAGCGGGCUCAGGGUCACAUAGCCCUGGAGAGUUACCCAACAAAUGCCCGAUGCGAAUGGACAGUGCACGUGCAGAAGGGCAGCAGCAUCGAGCUCAGGUUCUCACUGCUCAGUUUGGAGUCUGACCAUAACUGUCGUUAUGACUACGUUGAGGUGCGAGACGGCGACGAUCUGAGCUCCCCUGUGAUUGGCCGGUUUUGUGGGGAUCAGCUGCCUCCUCCAGUAAAAAGCUCUGGGAAUUUCUUGCACAUCCUUUUCACCUCAGAUGGCUACAACAACUUUGAUGGAUUUGUUAUUACUUUUCAGGAGAGUUCAGUUUCAGCCAGUAGGAAUCCAGUGUGUGCACCUCCAGAGGAACUGGCCAAUGGAUAUUUGCUACCUGUAUAUGGCCUCAAGGACGAGGUUGUGACUGUAAACUAUCGGUGCCAUCCACCUUUCACUCUCACCGGCUCCCAGCAGAGGACCUGUCAAACUAAUGGCAUGUGGAGUGGCACAGCUCCCACAUGUGUGAAAGGCCAAACAAGCAGAGUCCAGUGUGCCCCUCCACCCAAAUUGUCGAAUGGCUACCACAGACCUGCUCUUGACACAGCAACGGGCGCAGAGACGGUUGAGUUCUUCUGUAAAAACUCCUACAUUUUGACUGGAAACCACCUGAGUGCCUGCCUCUCUAAUGGAUCCUGGAGUAGCAGGCCACCAAAGUGUGUGAAAGCUUGUCGAGAACCCAAAGUGUCUGAACUUGUGCGACAAAGCGUUGUGAGGCCACAUCUAUUAUCAAGAGAGAGUCCAAACCAGAGACGGCUCUCAUCGAGGUACGGCAUGCAUGAUUUGUUGUCAGCUGGCUUUAUUCCACUGGACAGACAGUCCAGUGCAGGAACAGAUGACGCAGCUUUGGACGAGUUUCCUCGUGGUUUUCACUCGGUCUACACGAGCAUCAAAUACAAGUGUGCGUCACCUCUCUACCACCACACAGGAAGCCCCCGACGCACCUGUCUGAAGACCGGCAGGUGGAGUGGGCGUCAUGUUUCCUGCUCGCCAGUUUGUGGCAAAUUUGCCACUUUCAGUGUUCACAACCUCUCAGACACUCAGUGGCCGUGGCAUGCAGCCAUCUAUAUCCGCUCACCUCCUGAUCACACUGCCAGCGGCUCCCACAGGUCCCGUGGAAUGAGCGUGUCCGAGCAGCGGGAGGUGUCGGAAGAAUCUUCGUUCUGGUACCUGACCUGCAGCGGGGCUCUGCUCACCCAGCGUAGCGUCCUGGUGGCAGCUCAGUGUGUGGUAGGCAAGGACAAGCAGCAGCCCCUUCACCCGGCACAUGUGAAGGUUGUCAUAGGAAUGCAGAACCAGCCGAGAAGCCAGCGCCACCUCAGGGUUUCAGAUAUUUUAGUGCAUCCAAACUUUUACGUUGCUCCAGACUCCAACGUGGCUGUGCUCAAGCUAAAGGACAAGGCCAAGAUCAGUGAGCGCGUGUUGCCAGUGUGUCUACCCAGAAUGCAAGGAGGAGAGGUGACAGUGCAGGAGGCUUACACCACGAGGUGGAUUUUACCAAACAAUCAGAGGCACCUGGGCCGCUACACCGCUUCCAGCCAGAGCAAACUUGUUGAGCUGAGUGAUGUUACUCAAUGCGAAAGAGAGUUUGCACAAGGAGGAACACAUACCACAGAGAUCAGUGACAAUGCACUGUGUGUCAUUAGGAAGCCGUCCAGUCCUGAGAGCCCCUGUCCUAGUGUUAUUCCAGGCCUCACAGCCGUGCCAGCUGGGUUUUCAUCCACAAGUGGUGUGUUGUCUGGUCACGAGGAGACUCAGGGAGCCUCCGGCACAGGCUGGCAGCUGCUUGGUUUAGAGAGUUUCAGCUAUGAGGAAAAGAACUGCCACCUACAGACUUACACGGUUCAGACACGAAUAAGCAGCUUUCGAGACUGGAUAGAGGAAAACAUGAAAUAGAUUGUUCUUUUUUCUCAACAUCUUACUCAAAGAUCAUUUUCAGUGGCUGUUUAAUAGUGGUUUAUCUCCAGUCUCAUAAAUCUCAUAUUUGGUGUGAAUGGCAGAUAAAGAGGACACAGUGUCGUGCUUCCUGUCUGUGUUAAUAUCAUGUGAGGUGUGAGGACUGUUUACCUGCCACUCCUCUUGUGUCUCUUGUGUGUGCAUGUUAUUGUUCUGUAUUUGGGUCAUCACCACUUCAAACUAAUCAAUGUGAGCCGGUUAAGAUGCACACCCACGUUCUCAUGAUGUCGACAUGUUACCUUAUUUUUCUGUGAAAUAUUGUUCACAAUAAAAAAAACAAAACAUUGUAGAUAAAGUAGAUGAAUGCUAUUUUAA